AUGAAGCUGGCGCGCCCGGCGCCGCUGUCGCGCGUGGUAAGGACGAUAUGUCUGCCCGACGGGGCCGAGGACGAUGGAUCACGGCCGGGACUGCAGUGCGUGACUUCGGGAUGGGGUCGCUCCGGGCCGUCGCCGUCGUUGUCCUCGGCGCUUCUCGAGGCCAACGUGCCCCUGCUCGAGCUCGCGGAGUGUCUCAAGGCCUACGGGAAAUCGGUGCCCAUACGCGACGGGCACCUCUGCGCUGGCAACACCGACGGCUCCUCCGGAAGCUGCGUCGGUGACUCCGGGGGUCCCUUGCAGUGUAGGAGGCCCGAUGGUGCUUGGCAGUUGGUCGGGGUCACGUCUUUCGGGUCUGGUUGCGCUCGGCCGGGCUUUCCCGACGUUUACACCAAGAUACAGUACUACUCCUCUUGGAUCAAGGACACGAUCGCCGAUGAUCUCAACGAGGAACCGAUUUAG